GUUGUUUGCCACCCGUCAUAGAAGAAGAAGAAGAAGAAGAAGAAGAAGAAACAGAAACAAGAAAAAGAAAAGUCGUGGUGAAUGAAGAAGGGAAAUACACAGAGCAUGGAUUCCCUCAACAGACUUGAAAUCUUCAUUCCAGAUGAGGCUGACGCAACAACCAUCAAUCUGUGUAGUUUACCAGCCGUAGUGCUCAAAAGAAUGGGCUUCCCCCUGCAUGACUCGAAAGACUCCAAGAAACUGGCAAUAUGGAUUAGUCCAGCAGUCUUAAGAAGGAAGGGGCAGAAACUACUGUCCAACACAGGAAAGGAUGCACUAGAAAGCGCGUCCUCAUUGCUGGGCAGAAGGUUCCGGCAUCUGACGGGUCCUUUCAAAAUGCCUAUUUACUCUAGCAACCGUGCCAUUUCCAACAUGCUGAAGGAUAUGAACCAAGGGAAAACGCUCUCAACAUGCAAGUCUCCCACCUCCUUGUGUCCCCGGGGCUCACCACCACAGAAUGGCUUCUCUGCUAUUGUCAUCUACCAUGGAUGCAUUUACCUGUGCAUCAGUAAGAACAAUCCAAGCAAGUGUCGAAAAGACACUCCCUCUACUCACUCAGUGUCAUCUGAAAGCCAGAAGAAGGAGCUGCACAAUGACAAAAGGCCCAGGAAUAUGCACAGCACAAACAAGAAUGUGUCCUCAUCCAAGGCUGCAGCAGCAGCCCCAGAGCCAUCCUGGUUUCAUCCUGGGGGGGGGCAGGAGGUCGGGGCCAAUGAGGACAGUGGUGACUGUGAGAUGAUGGACCUGGCCAGUGAUGAAGCCGAGCGCACCAGUCAAAAAGAUGAGGGGGUCGGUGAUGUGCACAUGGAACGUGGUGCAGUGACACUCAAAAGCAAUCAAAGCUGCACAGGGAGGGAGUCUCUGGGCGCCACCCCGCUGGCGAGGGAGUGUGACUUUGAUGAACUGGUACAGGAGGAGAAGAUCGCUCAAAUGAAGGCCAGACUCCGACUGAGUGAAGCUGCACUCAACAGUCUGCAUUCUUCACAGUAACUGCUUAGUCACACUCAGUAGUAAUGCUGUGUCAGUUUUACAAAAAAUCCAAAUUUAUAUUACAGUUUUGCUUUUGUGUUUACCACUUGGGAUUUCUUCUAGGAGAGACCCUGUGAAUGUAUAGGAACAGGAAUUUCUCCCUGACUGUUAUUGGGAUUUCGAUAUAUAUGUUGUUUUGUAAGAAUCUGUUGGUUUUAAGCACACAUGAAUAUUUAUGGUUUAUGAAUGACAAUGUGACUUGUAUUCAAUAUAAAUUUGAGCCCACAAUAUAAUCAGAAACCAGUGUGCAUGUUAAUAACCUGCUAGUUUAACAGUCAUCACAUUCCCUUGACAUUUGCUCUAGAUUAGGAUUUAUAUUUUUCCUGAAACCUGAUUUGUUCUCUAGCACAGCCAUCAGGCCAACUUAACAAAUGAACAUUUACAUACUGCUGUUGAGGUUCUAAGAAUCUUAUCUCCUCUUGAAUCAUUUAUCACUUUGUUAUUUACCAAAUGUGCAGUGGUGAUGUUGCAUGUUACCCCAGACCUCAGCCUCCCUUUCCAAAACAUGAAAGAGAACCUGUGGCAGCCUUCAGUUUUCAUAAAAACUAAAAAGUGUUUGGCUUGUCCAGUCUGGGCUACUGUAAAAACAAAACAUGCCAGCCUCCAUAGAGGACCUGCUCCUGAUGUAAAUAUAAAGGGCUCAUCCUAGGGUAAACAACAAUUCGUACAAUUUAAAUGAAAAACAAUACAACACAGGACUUUUUAUGCUCAAUUUCAGCAAAUGUUAACCUUUGACCUAUUUCUGACCGUUAAGUGUAACUGCAUGAACCUCCUUCAAGGGUCACAAGUGGGUCUUUUCGUCCUAUAGUUGACCUGUGGCCUUGAAAGACUGAAAACUCCAACAGAGCGAUAGAAUUAGAAUGAUACACUGUCUGUUUCUGUUUGUUUACUUUCAUGUCACUGCUGACACAAGGUUUACUGUUGUGAUGUAGUUCUAACUGAGAAAAAGCAUUAUUUUAGGAUUACUUCUAUAAUGUGAUAAUACAUGUUUUCUAUAUGAAGAAAUUGGCCUGUAACAAACUUGAAAUAAACCCAGCUGGCAAUUAG